AUGAACCCAGCAUAUGCCGCCGUGACAACGGGGCCCGAGAUGUCUCACCAGUCAUUGUCGUAUGAUGAUGGGAUGGCCUCGAGAUCAUCUCAGCAGAUCGCGACAACCCAGCCAACAAUGCUGAACAUCCCAUAUUCGCAUUAUGCUAUUCUGUAUAUGGACGGCGAUGGAAAGCUUGAUGUGGAGGUUUCCGCUUCGAUUGAGGGUUCAGAAAAGGCCAUUUUCACCCAGGAUGUUAGAGGGCGGUUUUUGCGCUCCGUGACGGGAGGCCCAUAUGGCCUGCAGGGUUAUUCAAACUCAAUGAUGCCAGCUCAGGACAGCAUUCUUCCCAGCUCAACUUCCCUCGCCUGGUACCACCAUUCUCGAACAAAACGAGAUGGUCUCAUUCCCUGCGAAUGGCAGUCGCAACGCAGCAAGCGCCAGAGACGUCGCGACUCUGAUUCCGCAUCAGCCUCCCCUUGUCCCACCAUCCGCCGCACCGCGCUGCGCGUGGGAGACCACGACAUCCUACGACGGUACUACGAGAAGGCAUUCGACAACUUCCAGCAGCUCAACUGCAGAAUGAUUGCCAAGGCAUGGAUCAAGCUCGUUGAGCCGCGCAAGCAGGUCAACCACCCUUAUAAUGGACGGAAGAACGUUGGAGGAACAUCACAGCGUGUUGACCCGGAGUUGACAAAGCCAAGGUGGUGGCCGACAGGUGUCACUCACAAGGAGCCUGACCACCUACCCAAGCCUGAACGAGUCCGUCUUCUUAUCCACAUCCUUUGCGAAUUGAGGGGCAGCCACGAUAUCACUGCAGAGAAGCUCAAAGAAGCUGGUCAAGAUGUGCGACGCCAAAUUUCGCCUUCUGAGCGCCUGGAGGUCCUGGACGAGAUCUACUACGUUCGACAGAUGGAAGAGCACUACUUGGCUGGUGAUAUUGGUGCCGAUACAAUACUCCACGUCUCCCACGUCCACCUCCCUGAAGCCAGCUUUGAAUUCGACCAGCACGACUUCCAAUCCACAGACCAUCACGACUCACUCUCCUCGGUUCCAACCACCCUGCCAAAGGUCCCAGCCAUGCGCGGCACCUCGGAUGAUGGCAGCUCAGAGUACUGCCUUCCUCUCACUCCCUCGUCCUGCCCGUCUAACGGCCCCCGGAGUCCUGCACAGACGCACCCAUCCUACUCACCCGACAUGGCUUCUUCCAUGAUGUCCACUGGUGCCCACGCCAGUGCUGCGUACGUGACUUCCAAAGGCGAGUCACAUCCAGGUGCCGCUACCGCGUGUAUGCCGGACUAUUUCAGCCAGCCAUUCCUUGUCCCGACAACGGCGCCAUCAACGCAGGCUGGGUAUUGGGGGCACCCAGCUCAGGCGCACCCAGCGCCUAUGUAUUCUACUGGAUACUAA